CGCCCCUCUCUGUGACGUCACCCAACAUGGCAGCCUACUUGAGCCGGUUGCACCAUAUUUCGCUCCACGUCUCAAACGUGGAUAAAGUUGCUCACGAGCUGGUGUCCCGGUUCCAGUUUAACGUGUUCGCGGCCAGACUGACAGACCGAGCGAAGCAGCUCGCGCUCCGCAGAGGCUCGGCCGUGUUCGUGGUCAAUGAGAGGCCGAGCGAGGCGCCGCGGAGGUUGAAUGAACGUCAGUCACGUGGCUGGAGUUCCGUCACGGCCACAGAGCGACGGGAUCUGAACUGUCUGUACGGAGCCCACGCGCACUAUCCGGUGGACACCGUGAGUAACGUGUGUUUCGAGGUGGAGGACGUGCGGAGGGCGUGCGCUGCGCUGCGGGAUCGGGGUGUGUGUGAGUUUCUCCAGCCGCCCACCGAGGUUACCGAUGACAGCGGCCGGGUCACCUUCUCCAUCAUCCGCUCGCCGGUGGGUAACGUGUGCCACACGCUCAUAGACCGAUCUCAGUACCAGGGGCACUUCCUGCCGGGCUUCCAUCAGGUCCGGACGGACUCGGAGACCGCGGGCCGCGCGCAGUGUCCCAUCACGCACUUCGACCACAUCACCUACGCCUGUCCCCGCAGCAGCACACCGCGCCACAUCACCCGCUGGUACCGCGACACCUUCGGCUUCCGGAGGUUCUUCAUUGACCGGAAUGAGGACGUGGAUGAGGGAUAUGUGCUGAACCACAACGGGAUCGGGCUGCGACUGACGGCCAUGGAAUACUGGAAAUGCAGCGAGUCGGGAAUCACACUGCCGUUCAAAGAUGAAAAAGAGCCGGACUGCAAGUUUGUGAUCGCAGAGUCUCUUCCAGAGCAGGGCAGGAACCAGGUGGACACGUUCCUGGAUCAGCACCGAGGUGCAGGAAUCCAGCACAUUGGGCUCUACACCGAGGACAUCGUGAGAACGGCUCGGACUCUGAGUCUGUCUGGAGUGCAGUUCUUCUCUCCUCCGCCUGCGUACUACACUGAGGUGGGAAAGCAGGACGAGAUCGUGGCAGCGGGUCACGACCCUCACACUCUGAGUCAGUACGGGAUUCUGCUGGACACUGACAUCCACACGGACACGGACAGACGGGUCACAGACGUCCAGCGGUAUCUGCUCCAGGUGUUCACCAAGCCUGUUUUCGGAGAGGACACCUUCUUCCUGGAGCUGAUCGAGCGCAGAGGUGCCACGGGCUUCGGCGAGGGGAACAUCCGUGCGCUCUGGAGAUCUGUGCAGGCCUACAUGGAGAACGAAGACAAACAGAGCACACAGAGCUGACAUCAGCCACAACCCAAACACUAACAGAGACUGAUAAACACAUGAGGACGGCUCGACUGCAGAGCGACUGUCCUCUGUACAAGCAUUCGACUUCAGGGCACUUCUAAUAUAAUAUUAUCAGCUUGAGUUUGAAAUGAACAUGAUGUAUUUAUUCAGUUAUCGAAUAUGUUCUCUGACUGUGAUGUCUAAACCUGUACUGUAUUUUCACUCAAAAACAUUUCAUUUUAAAAAUAUGUACAGUGAAAUAUGAGCUGUACUGUUGAUCUGUGUGCUUCUGUCAGAUAAAUCAACAUUAUGAGGCC